UGACUAAGAUGUAUAUACAAUUAGCCGCGUCUUGUGCAAAUGGGUCUUAUGCAAAUUGAGACCAGCGUAGCAUCCUGACCAUUCUGCGCAAUCCCUAAUCUGGCCAGGAGCUAGCCUGACCGCUAAAGAGAACACGAAAACGUGCAUUACUUCUUAGCGACAAGCGUUGUUAUAGACCAGACUGCGCGAGUGCACAGGUUUAUCUAGAGCUACGUUGGCUGCAUAUGGUAUACGACCCAUUUUCGCGAUAAGCGGAUUAUAUAAGGUUUUAAAUAAUACGUUUUUUUCAUGUUCCAUCACAUAUGAUUUGUCCAUAUAAAUUAUGUUAAAGAUAUCAUAUUAGCGUGUUUUAAUUUUAAUCAUGACUUGCGCCGUUUUUUUUUUGGUUUUAAUUAAGUUUAUUGACGAACAUUAACGAUGGCUGCGUUGGUGUUAACAUCACCACCUUCGAUGGGUUUCUAAAACGUGCAGAUGAUGCCCGUUUCUUCCCUGUUGUUCGACUGACUGACUGGAUUUCUGAGGAAAUCAACAUAACAGUUUUUGCUCUCGACCACGAUGAUAUUAAUGGAACAAACAUUGACAUAAUCGACACAUUUACUGUCAGCAGAUUUAUACCUUUGGAGCCAGGUUUUUGGUAUGGUCCUUUUAUAGACAUCAAAAGGCGUAGCAAAUAUACAUGCAUCCACGUACAGUUGAAGGUGUUUUGCGAGUCAUACUACUAUGGUCCGAGGUGUGAGAACUUCGUUUCCCUCGACCACUACCAUUCUUUGGGGACAGACAUGCAGCCAGUUCUAGACUGUGGCGAGGAUGAAUGGUCAGUAAUAUACAUAGAGACCGUUGAACCUUAUAUGUACCCAGCCGCGGAUUUGAAGUGGAGGCUUUACAAGUUUCUUGUCGAGAAAGUGUGUCACUCAAGGACUAAUAGCAUCGAUAUAAUUCUCGGCGACGUUCGAUUUGAUCAGAACAGUUCAACACUUCGGGUUGUAUUUAACGGGAUUUGUUCACAAAGCAGUGGUCAUCCGGUAUAUGUUAACACAAAGGUAAUUCAGAUGUUGUCCGUUAUGGAGAGCAGCGAGAUCGGAUCUUAUUUCGGGGCAAACCUUACACGUAUUGACAGGAUUCACCAAGCAAAUUCAGACAUAAAGCAUUAUCUGCUUGUGAAAUUUGUUCAUUAUUUCAACCCAUUGGGAAUGGUAUAUUUUGUCAAUUCCUCACAUCAUAUUGAGACAUCCUGCCCUCUGAAAGGAUGUCUACAUACCAUCUCUUUUGGAGGAACAAAUCGAACGCGUUCUUUGGAAACCAAUCUUCGCACAAGCGACUUGUUUGCAUGCUUCGAUAUUAUGAGAAGUGAAAACGAAACCAUCGACACCUCUAAUAUGGUGAUAGACACAGAUUGGAAUACAGCGACAAAAUGGAAAUUAAACGUAUCUAACUCAAAAAAUGCAAAUUUUCUGAUCGACAACAUUUUUGAUCAUAUAUAUAUUACCGGGAAGACCUUACGGAGUGCCUUCGUCCAACGUGCUCUGUUACACGACAAUGCUACCGGGAUAGGUAUUUCAUUUGACGUCAUUUAUUGGUGCCCAAUUGGUAAUACAGGUAAAAAUUGCGAACAGCUAUGUACUAUUGAAAAUGGCUGCUUAGACGCGUGUACUGCUUCAAAUAAUAAUGUUUCACAAAGUGUCAAAGGAGGAAACAAAGAGUUUCGUUGUGCGGUAACAGGGACGUGUGUGGAAGGAAAAUGCGUUUGCGAGCACGGAUACGCUGGCCAGACAUGCAACAUUCAAGUAGAUUUCUGCAAAAUGGGCGAUACGGAGAACCCAUGUCUUAACGGAGGCUCUUGUAUGCAUGAGCCUGGGUUUUAUAAUUGCAAAUGCUUAGAUGGUUUUACGGGCCCAAAUUGCGAAGAUCGUAUUUCAAGAAAAGAUGAUAAAUCGAACACAAACAUCAGCGGAAUAGAAAAGUGUAGCAACGUUGGUCUCAGUGCACGCGACUGUUAUUCUAAUCCAUGUCGUAAUGGAGCCACGUGUAUGGAUGGAAACAAUACUUUCACAUGUACAUGCGCACCAGGUUUUACUUGGAUUAAUUGUAGUAAUAAUAUAAACGACUGUUCACCCCAUUCAUGUCAUAAUGGAGCCACGUGUUUGGAUGGAAACAAUACUUUCACAUGUUCAUGCGCACCAGGAUAUACAGGGAUGAAUUGUAGUGAAAAUAUAGACGACUGUUCUUCAUAUUCAUGCCAUAAUGGAGCCACGUGUUUGGAUGGAAACAAUACGUUAACAUGUACAUGCGCACCAGGUUAUACAGGGAUGAAUUGUAUUGAGAAUAUAGACGACUGUUCACCUCAUACAUGCCAUAAUGGAGCCACGUGUUUGGAUGGAAACAAAACGUUCACAUGUUCAUGCGCACCAGGUUAUACAGGGAUGAAUUGUAGCGAGAUUAACGACUGUUCACCUCAUACAUGCCAUAAUGGAGCCACGUGUUUGGAUGGAAACAAUACGUUCACAUGUACAUGCGCACCAGGUUAUACAGGGAUGAAUUGUAGUGAGAAUAUAGACGACUGUUCACCUCAUACAUGCCAUAAUGGAGCCACGUGUGUGGAUGGAAACAAUACUUUCACAUGUACAUGCGCACCAGGUUAUACAGGGAUGAAUUGUAGUGAGAAUAUAGACGACUGUUCACCUCAUCCAUGCCAUAAUGGAGCCACGUGUGUGGAUGGAAACAAUACUUUCACAUGUAAAUGCGCACCAGGAUAUAAAGGGAUUAAUUGUAGUGAGAAUAUAGACGACUGUUCUCCUGAUCCAUGCCAUAAUGGAGCCACGUGUGUGGAUGGAAACAAUACUUUCGCCUGUAAAUGCGCACCAGGUUAUACAGGGAUGAAUUGUAGCGAAAAUAAAGACAACUUUUCACCUCAUACAUGUCAUAAUGGAGCCACGUGUAAGGAUGGAAACAAUACUUUUACAUGUACAUGCGCACCAGGUUAUGCAGGGAUAAAUUGUAGUGAGAAUAUAGACGACUGUUCUCCUCAUCCAUGCCAUAAUGGAGCCACGUGUGUGGAUGGAAACAAUACGUUCACCUGUAAAUGCGCACCAUGUAAUACAGGGAUGAAUUGUAGUGAGAAUAUAGACGACUGUUCACCUCAUCCAUGCCAUAAUGGAGCCACGUGUGUGGAUGGAAACAAAACUUUCACAUGUAAAUGCGCACCAGGCUAUAAAGGGAUGAAUUGUAGUGAGAAUAUAGACGACUGUUCUCCUGAUUCAUACCAUAAUGGAGCCACGUGUGUGGAUGGAAACAAUACUUUCACAUGUACAUGCGCACCAGGCUAUAAAGGGAUGAAUUGUAGUGAGAAUAUAGACGACUGUUCUCCUGAUUCAUGCCAUAAUGGAGCCACGUGUGUGGAUGGAAACAAUACUUUCACAUGUACAUGCGCACCAGGUUAUAAAGGGGUUAAUUCUAGUGAGAAUAUAGACGACUGUUCACCUCAUUCAUGUCAUAAUGGAGCCACGUGUUUGGAUGGAAACACUACUUUCACUUGUUCAUGCGCACCAGGUUAUACAGGGAUGAAUUGUAGUGAGGAUAUAGACGACUGUUCUCCGAAUUCAUGCCAUAAUGGAGCCACGUGUUUGGAUGGAAACAAUACGUUCACAUGUACAUGCGCACCAGGUUAUACAGGGAUGAAUUGUAGCGAGAAUUUAGACGACUGUUCACCUCAUACAUGCCAUAAUGGAGCCACGUGUGUGGAUGGAAACAAUACUUUCACAUGUGCAUGCGCACCAGGUUAUACAGGGAUGAAUUGUAGUGAGAAUAUAGACGACUGUUCACCUCAUCCAUGCCAUAAUGGAGCCACGUGUGUGGAUGGAAACAAUACUUUCACCUGUAAAUGCGCACCAGGAUAUAGAGGGAUUAAUUGUAAUGAGAAUAUAGACGAAUGUUCUUCUCUUCCAUGCCAUUAUGGAGCCACGUGUGUGGAUGAAAACAAUACUUUCACCUGUCAAUGCGCACCAGGAUAUAGAGGGAUGAAUUGUAGUGAGAAUAUAGACGACUGUUCACAUCAUCCAUGCCAUAAUGGAGCCACGUGUGUGAAUGGAAACAAUACUUUCACCUGUAAAUGCGCACCAGGUUAUACAGGGAUGAAUUGUAGUGAAAAUAUAGACGACUGUUCACCUUAUCCAUGUCAUAAUGGAGCCACGUGUGUAGAUGGAAACAAUACUUUCACAUGUACAUGCGCACCAGGUUAUAAAGGGAUGAAUUGCAGUGAGAAUAUAGACAACUGUUCACCUUAUGCAUGCCAUAAUGGAGCCACGUGUGUGGAUGGAAACAAUACUUUCACAUGUAUAUGCGCACCAGGAUAUAAUGGAAUUAAUUGUAGUGAGAAUAUAGACGACUGUUCACCUCAUCCAUGCCAGCAUGGAGCCACGUGCGUCGAUGGAAACAAUACUUUUACGUGUACGUGUGCACCAGGAAAUAGAGGAAUUAAUUGUAGUGAGAAUAGAGACGACUGUUCACCUCAUCCAUGCCAUCAUGGAGGCACGUGCGUCGAUGGAAACAAUACUUUUACGUGUACGUGUGCACCAGGAAAUAGAGGAAUUAAUUGUAGUGAGAAUAGAGACGACUGUUCUCCUAAGACAUGCCAUAAUGGAGCCACGUGUGUGGAUGGAAACAAUACUUUUAUAUGUACAUGCACACCAAGAAAUAGAGGAAUUAAUUGUAGUGAGAAUAUAGGCGACUGUUCUCCGAAUCCAUGCCAUAAUGGAAUGACAUGUGAGAUAAGAGACACAAAUUAUACAUGCAUAUGUUCAUUCAGUGAUGCAUUCAUUGAUAGUCGUGAUAAAAAUUGCACUCUCACAUCGCUUGUCAAUAUUGAAAAACAUUGUGACGUUUUGUCGACGUGCGUUUUCAACAUUCUAAACGGAUAUGAUAAUCAAUGUCAAUUACACUAUUCACAUAAGGAUUACUCCUGUGGUCAUAUUACUGCGUGUUUGGUUGGAUUCACAAGCAUUUGUUUAAAAAUGGAUGACCGCACAAAAUACAUACUUGACGCAAGCGGUAGAAUUUUGAAUGCAUUAUCAACAGAUCCCCUUUUACAAUGUGUAUAUCCGAAUAUAUCCGUCAGAGUCAUUUCUAGUAACAGAACUGCAAUUAUUGCGAUCAUGUGCGACGGUGUGGUGCUUGACGGCCACCGACUGAAGAUUUUCCUAUCCAAACACCCGUUAAGCGAGAUAUUUCAGAAAGCGAACAAUUUGUCUGAUAUCACUCAUAUAGCAUCUGCGUCAACUUUGAAGAUUUGGCUGAAAGACCACGUGAUCAUGAUGGCAGGAAUUGGUGCUGGCAUUGUGUUUGUAAUAAGCGGACUAGCAAUUGCAAUACGUAUAAUUUACAGAACUCACUACCCGAAAGAAGCAGUUUACACAAGAAGACUUGCAGAAGGUGGACCAUAUUUCAAGUUGGAUAAUACUCAACUCGAACGAACGGACAAUGAUAAACCUCGCGGCGCAAAAGCUAGACAGACCACCGAGAAUACGUUAGAGAGAAGAGGGGUUUUGAACGAAAGUCAGCUUUCCUCUCGCGAUGAUACGGACCUUGUUAUGAUGAAAAGAACAUUAGUGUAUCAUGAACAAUAUGGGGUUUAAUACGAAUCAAAGACAAAUCACAUGACAUACGUAUCCGUUUAGUGGCACUUGGGCGGAACAUCAAAAAUUACAUUCACACAAAUACUAUAUAUAUGUUCAUUUAAACAAAUGAGUAAUUGUUGGAAAAACUUUGGCCUUUUGUGAACAACAGUUAAAAAUACCUGUUAUGUUGUGAAUUAAGCCCUAUAUGAAAAGGGUCACUAAAUUUGCUACAACGGUGUCUUUUUAUAUUGAACUUAUUUAUAGUAAACAAUAUACAAACAUGUAAUACCAUAAUAGUGUUUUACAUACAAAUAACCAUUUUUAAGUGAUGUGUUUUAUGUAUUAUCCUGUAUUGUUCGGCCAAUUAGGAACGUGUCCUUAAUGAACAGUGACUGAUGAAUUCCAGAUGUUUCUGGAAAAUCAUUUUUCCUUUACCUAACGUUGAUCGAAUGUUUUAAUAAGAAAUCGAGACAUCGUUUUACUAUGUAAUACAUUGAUGAUUUUAUUUUCCACGAAUUAUAACAUGCUAAAUCCGAUCGAUCUGAAAUAAUUUUGCUUCAUUUACACGCUGUUAUCACAAGUCGGUUACAUGACUAAAUUCACACGCAACUACCAGGGACGGUUGUUUAAGAAAUAUAAGAGAUAUCGGUGAUAUAUACGUUGGUCGUUUUUUCCAAACAAUUUGCGUUUAAUCUGCGAUGCAGUAUUUAUCUUCUAUGUUGUCUUGGAGUUCUCUUUUAUUGUAUGGGGGAAAUAAAAGUUUUCGAUUUUAUUUGAAAGCCGUUGCCUUCUUAGUGUCAUCUGCAUGCUGGUAAAGGGUAUAGGUCUCGCUCACAACUAAUUUAAUAAUGAAGCAGUACUAUGAAGUGUUCUGAAAAAUAUAGAUGCCAUUUUUUGUAUAUCCCUCUCAGUUGAUACUUUUUGCUUCUGAUUACA